AUGCAGUUUAGCAAUGCCAGCACGGUGACUGAGAUUCUGCUUUUGGGAUUUCAGAAUUUACAAAGUUUUAGGAUUUAUUUUUUUCUCCUACUUUUAAUUAUUUUCUGUGUGACAGUAUGUGGAAACCUUCUCAUCAUUCUGGUGGUGUCCUCCAGCAGAUUGCUCCACUCUCCCAUGUACUUCUUCCUCACACAGCUCUCUGCUUUAGACAUUCUCCUCUCCACCACCAUUGUACCCAACAUGCUUCAGGUCGUGUUGUAUGACGGGAGUUUUGUGUCCUUUAAGGGCUGUUUGACACAAUUUUAUUGUUUUUCCGCCUCUGAAUCAUUGGAAUGUCUUCUCCUGACAGUGAUGUCCUAUGACCGGUAUCAGGCCAUCUGUAACCCACUAAAAUACACCUUAGUCAUGCACCUCACAUUUUGUAUAAAAGCUGUUCUCUUGUGUUGGGGGAUGAUAUUUGCUGUUAUGUUGACUAUUGCAGUAACCAUGAGUUAUUUGUGGUUCUGUGGGCCAAACGUCAUUGACCAUUUCUUCUGUGAGUUUGAUCCAUUACUUGAACUUUCCUGCUCAGACACUUUUUUUCUGAAAAUAGAAGACAUAAUAUUGGCCAUACCAUGUGUACUUUGUCCCUUUAUUGUCAUUAUAGUUUCCUAUGUUUAUAUAAUUUACACCAUAUUGAAGAUCCCAUCUGUUACCGGGAGGCAGAAGACCUUCUCCACCUGCAGCUCUCACCUGUCCGUGGUGUCUAUGUUUUAUGGAUCAAUUAUAAUUAUCUAUUUAUUUCCAAAUAAGGGAAAUGAAAAGAAAAUCCUCUCCCUGCUCUACACUGUAGUGACUCCGCUCCUUAAUCCUAUGAUCUACAGUCUGAGUAAUAGAGAUAUUAAGCAGGCCUUCAAGAAGCUCAAGAGUAAAAUGUCUUCUGCUCUUUAA